AUGAUCGUGUUUACCCUUAAGUUACCCAUUUUACUCGCAAUUCUUGCGUCAUUCAAGGGUGCCAUUGCGCCACCUACAACGGAGAGGAAUAGAAAUAACAAGGAUAAAAUCCUGAUAGAUCUCAACAUAUCCGGGUCAAGGACAGCCAGAAUUGAAGUUAUUCCGUCCAUGAAAUUUCCCUGCGGUACCAACUACACCGUUAGAAGAAAUGCCAGACACACCCACAUAAUCGGCAAUGUGAGGGACAAUGACGAGCUCAUAAUAUCGGGAGACCCUACUGCCAUGAGUCGCUACGUCCUAAAUGUGCGCGGGGAACGUGGCUUCAGAUACGUCAAGGUAAUUACGAGGUAUAGAGUAGCCUGUAGCUACACCACCCACAUUAAGGAGUUUUGGCGAGAAUCCAUAAACGACAUGUACAAGGACGUCCAAAGGGAACCAAUGACAUUGAACAUUCUUGAACAAACUGGCGAUGAAUACAUCAGUGCGAGACUGAUCGCUUUAGAAAAUCCCCAAGAGGAAGAAGAUGCUGAAAGUCUCUCAAGUCCGCUACACGUUCCUGCGGUGUACGAUAUCAGGCCUCAAUACAGGCUACACUAUUUUAUUGGUAUGGUAAAGUACGGUGAAUAUACUGUGGAUAACCAAAUCCAGGGAUUAGUCGAGAGACGGGUCAUCUGGGAAGGGAGGCUUGGCGAUCCCAAAAUAACAGUCAUCUCACUCUACAAGGACGGAGAUGAAACGGAAGCAGUGUACAAGUUUGGAUUUACCGAAGACCAGUUUAAACUCUUGGACUACAAGAGGAAGUUUAUAGAGCUGUACGAAUGA